AGCAAUUUAUUAGUUUUUUUUCCCUUCAAAUGAUAAAUAUUAGGUUGUAAGAAAAAUUCCUUUUUAUGAGGAUAAAAUGGUUGUCAUUAAAGAAGAAUCGACUGAAUUCCGAUGGAUAGGAAAUAGUUAUCGCAAGGAUUCCUACGAACAUUACAGGUCUUUUUACUUGGGUGAAGAAAUAUUUCAAGUUGGGGACUUCGUUAUUGUACGUAAUGAUCUUGCUCUUGAUCCUGAAGAUGUGUCUCAAUGCUACGUGGCUCAAGUGAAAGAUUUAUAUGAAACAGGUAUUGAACCAAUGCCUCAUGUUGCUAAAGUUCAGUGGUAUUCUCGACUGUUUGAAAUUCCAGUAAGGUUUCUGAAAGAGUUUGGAAAAGUUGACUCUCAAUAUGAAAUUGUAGAAGAAGGCAGAAAAUCUAUGUACCCUAAUACUAUUGAUGCUGAAACCAUCUUUAGCAGAUGUCAAGUUCUCUUUUUGCCUGCUGAUACAAAUUUUGAACUGUUGACUCCUAAGUUUGAGAACAGCGAUGUUCCUACUUUCUACUGUCGAUAUAAGUUUGCAGGCAAAAAAGUUAUUCCUCUGAUGAAUUUAGAAGCAGGCUGCAUUAGUGAACCCGAAAAUGUAUAUUCUGAAUCUAGAAAUGUAAAAGAGUCAAGGCCUAUUAUUGAAAAAGUUAAGCCAGUAAAUGGAUGGAAAUCAGUGGAUAAUCUAUGA